CUUGUGCAACCUUUAUUCAUUCUUCUAGUGCCUUUGUAUUAUGAUCACACACAGUUUUUUCCACAGGCCCCUGCCUCACAUAAAUAUAAGAAAUUAACAAAGUUUUAAGAUAUACAAUGUAACAAUAUAUAUAUUUUAAAAAGCAAUCCCAAGAUGCUCUAAUUUAGACCAGGCCCAGCAUAGAAUUGGCCCCAUAAUCAGGGAGCCCCAGCCAAUUCCCUUGCAUCCUUGGCACUCUGGGUGCAGAUGAGAAUCAGAUGCCUACUGUUGCCCUUGUAUCAGUGUAAGGCAGUGAAACUGAGGAAAAUAAUCUUUUGUACUAGUGGAACUUGUAUCAGAAGAGAUCUUCAUGUAAACUGAACUCUUGUGGUAAACUCUGUUGCUUUAAAUAAAAAAACCUAACUCUUACACAUGAGUGACUCCUAGUAUGUUUAGAGUGUGUUAAAAUCUGUUUAUUGUUUUAUUAUGUGUUCCCUGUAAUGUUUUUACCUUAUGAAUAAAUGUGCUUGCUUAGAAAGAGCUGCAUGGUGACUUGCCACUGCUGGCAAUACACUGCUCAUAGCCUUCGGGGAGAGAAAGCAAUGCACAGGCACUAGCCUUUAGGUGGACUGGCUUUCUGGGGAUAUUGCAGUGUAAGGCAGGGAGCUGUGUAGCCUUAAAACCCCAGACAGGAGGGAGAGACACAUGGGUCUCCACCCAAUGGGUGACACCUGGGAGCUGAAAACCUUGAGUGAGUUCCCUCAAGGGACCAUGGAGGAGGAAUAUAGGUGCAGUCACCCUGAAACUGUAAACACCUUGCAGCUUGUAAAACACUAAGAAAUCAGAAUGGCAACAUUUCAUAUGCUUUGCACAGGUGUGACUACACAAGGUGCAAAGCACCAGAGAAUCAGGCCCUAGAAAGUUGGAGUGAGUGUUCACUACAUGUAGUUGAAAUAAUCUUUGGACAAUAAUGGGUUUAAACACUCAACACUUUGGGUGAGGACUUCACUGUUUACAUAUUUGUACAGCACCCAGGACAAUGGGGCCCAGACCUGGUUGGCCAGUAGGGACCACUUCAAUAUAAAUAUGAAACAAUAAAUGUAAUAUCUUUUUUCUCAUCUUGCCUUCUUUCUCUGUCUUUUCCUCAACCAUUGAUCAAUGGUAGGACUCAACAUCCAUGACUUUUGGAAGUCACUUAUCUUUUUCAGAGGCCAAAAAAAAUGAAAGAAGAGGAUAGAUAUUUUAUUACAGAAUGAAAAAAAAUUAAAUUAGGCUUGUAAUAAUACAUGGACUUUAGAUUCGAGUCCUUUAGCUUGAACAGUGAAUGCUCAUGAUUUUCGUGGAGAAGUCCUUGGUUCAAUCCCUGCUGACUACCCAGGGUGAGCAGUUAUACUUACAGUCUAAUUUGGAGGUUCAAUAGGAAAAAAAUCUUAAGGCUGCAAAGUGAGGCACUCAACUGUCAGGAAAUGCCAUUUAAAAGUGCUCUGAAUGGCCUAGGAUUCAGCUUCUUCGGGUACCUGUUUCAAGUGUCCUGUUGUGAUGGGUCAGGAUGUUCUUGAUCUUUGUCCCCAGUGUUAAGCUCCUGGGUGCAGACAGCAAGGCGUCCUUGGUAAGUUAACCUUGGUUCUGGAAAUCUUCUCCCUCUUGCAGUCCACUGGCACUGGAGUUUGGCGACCUGGGGAUUCGAUGCAAAACACAUACUGUCCUUUUCUUAAUUCGGGGGGGUGGGGGGUGGGCAGGACAGAGAUGUAGGACCUGUUGCCUCUUUUUGAGUCGAGCAUCUAGUCAAAAUUUGGGGCCCUGGGGAUGUUCCAGUUGGGAGUAGAAAUUGGUGAUAAGGAUUUCUUUGAUGCAGUUUUGUUUAUUUACAAAGAACAUGCAAACUUCUGUGUCUCUGAAUGCAGAAGGAAUCAAAUAGUAGGAAACCGCUUCUUUGGCUCACAGCACCAAGAACACUCUUUUCAGCCUGCACCUCUGACCCAAAAAUCUCUACCCAGGUUUCUACCAGGUCAGAUACCAAGCUGUCUCAGUUUCUGUGUGUUCUUCCCUCUCGCAUACAUCCAUGCCGCUGAACAUAAACAUCACACAGCAAAAAUUCCUGGAUGUGUUCACAUAUUUCUUUUGUCUUAGGUGAGGUUUAUCUUUACAGUAUGUUAACUGAAGGGUGAAGUCAUACGUAUUAAUCUCAAUGAGGGUUUAACUCCACCCAUAACAAGAUUUCACCCAGCUCCUAACAGAUCCAUUCUUGCUGCCAUUGAAAUAAAUGGUAAAAUUUGCAUUGACUUCAGUGGAAAUAAGAGUAGGUGAUUCAUUACUCAGCUGAUGGAGGUGGUAGAAGGAGAGAUGGGUUUGACCAAUGCCAACUGUUGGUAACAGUCUGUUUAAAUGUUUGUAAUAUGAACCCAGAUAUAAUGCUGUAGACACAAUGUGCAUUUUAUAACAAAUUAAUAAAUAGUAAAGCAAAAUAAAAAUAACUUCUCAGAUGGACAAGAUGUCAUGUUCUAAUCUCAUGAAACUCUAAAUGCUACCAAGAUGAUAUUUUCCACUCAAAGCUGCCAUGCUAACAAUUUGUAAUCUAUUUUGUUAGCCUGGGGCAAAUUUUGUGUGUGAGAGUUUAAAAAUAUUUGAAAAGCAGCUUGAAAAGAAAUGCAGAAACCCAUUUUUGUAGGUACCUCUGAGAACUUCUAUAAUCCAUUUUAAAUCAAGAAAGAAUGGAAUACAUCCUAAAUGUAUUAUAGUGCUUAACUCUCUCACUCUGUCUGUAUGUAUCUAGAAGGAAAUAAUUCCUCACAUAAAUCGUGGAAAGCAUCCCAAUAAUAUUGGAACAUUGGAAAAUAUACCUCUGAAAAGAUCACUAUUUGUGCCUGAAAAGGGAAACUGUACAUUUGCUUUUGAAUAUUAACAUGAGAUAGACAUGUCUGCUCUCCUAACUGUGUAAUCAGAGAUUUUACUCGGUUUAAUAAAACAAUUCGAAAUGACAUGUCUUUGAGUGUCUUAACAUGCUCACUCUGCAAUAUAGUAACAUAGAGAGAUCUGAUGACUAUAUCACUGUACCUCUUUAACCAAAAGCCCAGUGUUAUAAUGAUUAUUGUAUUGUCUCUGAUAUUGACAUGGCAAGGAUUUGUCAACCUCUUAAAACUCCCUAAACAAACAAAUAGAAACUGUAAUGGGACUCAAGAAGGAACCUUAGGAAACAACUGGGCUGUUCCCUUUACUUUGCCCUAUCCUGCUCCCCUUCAAGUCAAUAGCAAAAACUCCCUGGGCUUCCCUGAGCAGCCAGAGGUAACAAUUCCUGCUCUCCCAGAGAUAAGCGAACGAAUGGAGAGACGUGCAGGCUACUUCCAGCCGAGACUCCAUACCCUCCGCCAGAGAGGGACACAUCCCAGUGACCUACAGAGAUUUCUGAUGAGGAGCAAAACCGAACGGGAACGAACUGAUCAUCCUCUCACAGACGAAAUGACUCACUUCUGGGAACUAACAGCUCCCUUCAGCAGGUGACAAAGCUAUCAGCCUGGCUCCCCAUGCUACAGCCGUUUCCUUCUAAUCUUGCACGCGGCCGGGCGCCUGUAUUGCCCAGCUUUGCGUUAUUUCCCUUUAAGCUGGUGUCAGGUACUGUGAAGAGGAAGAGCGGGGGGGAGGAGAUGGCUGGAGGGUUCCACCACAGGCUCACGCAAUGCAAACUCUGCACGCAACUGGGAGGCGACAGGCAGAGGAGGGGGAAACUUUCCAACUUCAUAAACCCUGAAAGAUGAAGGAGAUUUUCCCUCCUGCCAGAGAAGUCCGCGAGCCCACAGCCCCGCCAGCCGUUCAACUGGAACCGCUUUGCUAAAACGUUCACCAAAAGGCAGGAAACCUCGAAGGCUCAGCCAGUCCAGAUGGGUUGGGGCCAAAGGCAAUUGACAAAGAGCCGGGUCCCGUAGGGAAGAACCGGGCGGCUGCGAUUUGUCAAUACCAGGCUAACUACGGGCUGGAGGCUGCAGCUGCUGGUGGGAUUGAAGCCAGGAGAGACAGUGCCAGAAGACUGCCCAGCCGGGCUCCGGCUCAACUCAGGGGGACACUAAACUGUCCUGUAAGCCGCUCAUUUGCUCCAGCAGGUUUUGGUUGCCCCAUCCCCCGGGCUCUAUGCAGGGAUCACAUCUGGCUGAUGUCUAUUUAGUCUGAACCAGGCAGGCUGUUGAAGUGCGAGCUCUGAAGGGUUAACACGCUCGGAAGAUUAGCACAACGCACGAUGCGGGAUCGGGUGCAAUUGGCAUUUGCCUGCACAUGACCUGCCAAGCUCCGGGUGACAAGAACCUGGGCUUCUAAUGAGUUUCCCACAGUCUGGGAUCUGAACCUCACUGCUGCGCUGCGUGCUGAGUCUCCUGCUGGGGCUGCCCAAUUGCACGGAUCACAGCUGCUGCGGGCUGCCCGGAUCCUCCCACUGGAGCCCAGAAAUCUCCGAUGGAAGCAUUUUUCAGCAGCAUGGCCCUCCGGCGGCUGGAAGAGGCGCUCUCCAGCAUCCCGCCGCUGCAGAGCGCCCUGCUGCUGCUCCUCUCCCUGCUCGCCGCCAUCCACCUGGCGAAGCUCCUCCUGCGGCAGCGGCGCCUGGAGCCCCCGGGCCCUUUCCCGUGGCCCCUGAUCGGCAACGCGGCUCAGCUGGGCAGCGCCCCGCACCUCGCCUUCGCCCGCCUGGCCCGCACCUACGGCGACGUGUUCCAGUUGCGCCUGGGCAGCCGGCCCGUGGUGGUGCUGAACGGCGAGCGCGCCAUCCGCGGGGCGCUCAUCCGCCAGGGGGCCGCCUUCGCCGGCCGGCCGCGCUUCCCCUCCUUCCAGCUGGUGUCCGGGGGCCGCAGCCUGGCCUUCGGCGGCUACUCCGAGCUGUGGAAGCUGCAGCGCCGGCUGGCGCACUCCACCGUGCGGGCCUUCUCCACCGGCAGCCCGGCCCCGCGCCGCCUGCUGGAGCAGCACCUGCUGGGCGAGGCGCGGGCGCUGGUGGCGCUGCUGGUGCGGGGCAGCGCGGGCGGCGCCUUCCUGGACCCCGGGCGCAGCCUGGUGGUGGCCGUGGCCAACGUGAUGAGCGCCCUGUGCUUCGGCCGCCGCUACAGCCACGGCGACGCCGAGUUCCUGCGCCUGGUGGGCCGCAACGAGCAGUUCGGCCGCACGGUGGGGGCCGGCAGCCUGGUGGACGCGCUGCCCUGGCUCCAGCGUUUCCCCAACCCGGUGCGCGCCGCCUACCGCGCCUUCCGCCAGCUCAACCGCGACUUCUACAGCUUCGUGCGGGGCAAGUUCCUGCAGCACCGCGGCAGCCUGCGCCCCGGGGCCGCCCCCCGCGACAUGCUGGACGCCUUCAUCCGCCUCCAGCAGGCGCAGCCCCGGCUGCCGCUAGAGCACGUGCCCGCCACCGUCACCGACAUCUUCGGGGCCAGCCAGGACACCCUCUCCACCGCCCUGCAGUGGCUCAUCAUCUUCCUCAUCCGAUAUCCAAAGGUGCAGGUUAAAAUGCAAGAAGAAGUGGAUAGGAUUGUUGGCAGAGAUCGCUUGCCCUGUGCAGAAGAUCAACCUCAUUUGCCCUAUGUUAUGGCUUUCCUUUAUGAAUCCAUGCGUUUCAGCAGCUUUGUGCCAGUCACUAUUCCACAUGCCACCACAGUUGACACCUCCAUAAUGGGCUACUUCAUUCCCAAAGAUACAGUCAUAUUCAUCAAUCAGUGGUCAGUGAAUCAUGACCCAGAAAAAUGGUCCAACCCAGAGGAUUUUGAGCCAACAAGAUUCCUGGAUGAGAAUGGAUUCAUUAACAAAGAUCUUACUAGCAAUGUGAUGAUUUUCUCAUUGGGUAAACGUAGGUGCAUUGGAGAGGAGUUAUCCAAGAUGCAGCUCUUUCUUUUUACCUCCAUACUGGUACACCAGUGCAAUUUUAUUGCUAACCCAAAUGAGGACUCUAAAAUGGAAUUCACCUAUGGGUUGACCAUUAAACCUAAGCCAUUUACAGUUAAUGUCACUCUUAGGGAGACUAUGGAUUUGCUAGAUAAAGCUGUCCAAAGACUGCAAGCAGAGAAAACAGCUACUGAAAAUCAUCUAUCAACAAAUCUGUGAACACUGACGUUUGAAUAAAAGAUAUAAGGAUGCUCCCGCCUCUCUCUUUUUAGACUUAAAAUAAAGUAAAUAAUAAUAUGCAGUACUGGUGAGCUCUUUGUAGUAUACCAAGUACCACAAAACACCGGGGAGUGGAACUGCCCAAGCAUUAAGCAGGUCCUUUUUUUUUUUAAUUAGAGAGAGAGAGAGAGAGAGAGAGAGAGAGUGUGUGUGUGCACGCGAGGGGAGCCUUAUAAAAAUAUUAAGUACUGAAAUACAGGCAAAAAAUGUGAUUUAAAAGUAAAUUUGUUUUUGGGGUAACAGGCAGAAGAAAACAGUUAUUUUAACACCCUCCUCAUUAACUGCCUGGCUGGAGUGUCCCAGCCACUCCUUGCGCAACCCUUUCCAUGUCUCAUUGCAGCUGUCUCAGCUCUAAUUUGCCUUCAAAGACUCUACAUCCCAAAGUGAAAUCUUGUGUGGAAAGAGGUGCCUAGAUUGUUGGAGCUAGAUUCUGCAAGCGCCCUAUGCAGGGAACUGCCAUGGGCUCAUGUUACAUCCUGGGACAUGCGCUGGGAUGUGUUUCAGUGCCUUGACGAUAAACUCUCAAAUGAAGUUGGGUAAAAUGCCAAGCUUGCCUUUAACAUUCCAAAGUAUUUAAAGUAUGACUACAAAAAGACUUGUUUAUGAGCACAACGGAAUUUUGAAAUGUAUUUCAUAAUCUAUAUGUGAACAAAUGGAAUGUACUGAAAUUCAUUACAUCUCAAGCAGAAAGAUUAAAAGUGGUAAGUCACCAAAUAGCAGAUAUGAGAUAUAAUCCAUUAAUUUAUUCAUAAGCAGAAGCAAAGGUACUGAUCAAAGGAAAAAUAAUAGAUAUUUUCAUUAGGAAAACCUAUUUAAGGAUGGCCUUUUAUUGUGGACUGUUUAUUUUCUCAGCUAAAAGCUUAUGCCUGAUUCUGCCAAUCUUUAGGCACAUGCCAACACUUAAUCACAUGAGCAGUCCUAUUAAAAUUCACAUAGGUUUGCAGGAGGACUUGUGUCUUAGAAUUUUUGUGCCACUAAGAUCAAACAACAUGUGGAAUAGAUAUAGUUAUGUUCCUAUAAUCAUUCUAUUAGCUGGAGUUAAAAUUAUGUCUAUGAUGGUUCAUCAUGUACUAUUAAUGUGAUCUACUUCCAGUAAGGACAUGAAACAAAAUAAUGGGAGUUUGGAUUACAUACAAUUAUUGGGGCCCAAUCAGGAUAAUUUGGGCAUUUUGUAGUUUGCAUUAUUUCACAAAACACUUAAAUUUCAAAUAGCCUUGUGAUCAUCUGUUAAGUAAAACAGACAUGAGAAGUAUUUUAGUCUUGAACCACUCUGUAAUGGUUAUAUAGGAUAAUGAACAACACUCAGAGAACCUGCUUUUUAAUAUAUAAAAGUGCAGACCCUGCAAAGUGUUGGGCACCUCCUGUGAGACACAAACCACUCUCUACUCUAAAUGAAAUCCAUGGGAGUUAGAGGCACUCAGCACAUUGCUUGAGGUGCGUAGACUAUUGCAAAAUCAAACCCUAUGGUAUACAGAGGAAUAUGGGCCUGGUGCUAUAAACAUGAAAUCAGUGGGACUACUUGAUGGAGUGAGGACUGCUUACAUGAAUAAAGAUUUGAAGGACUGAGCCCUAUAUUAUACAGUAGGUGACAAUCCUACCCCCUAUUGACAGCAAUGGCAAAAUUCACAGUGCUUUUGGAUGGGAGCAACGUUGAAGGCCUGAUCCUGAUCACACUGAAGUACAUAGGAGCUUUGCUAUUAACUUCAAAGGAAUCUGUAUCAGGGUCUUUAAAGCAUUGCCCCCUAAACCCAGGUAGCAGGGACACACCCGACUCAGCUAUUUCAAAUCUCUGAUUUUGUAGGGAAUGUACGUCCAUGUUUUUCAAAACUAAACGUUAAAAUCAAAGGCUUUUUUAAAUCUAAAAGGGGUAUCCCUCAGGUAUUUUGUGGACUACAUAAAAUCUUUGAUAUCCCAGAACUUAGCCUAUAUCUGUGAAAUGUUGUAUAACAUUCUUAACAUAGUCAUACUCAGAUCUAUACUGGAUCAACACAUUUUUUCACUUAUACUUUUAUAUGUCCAUAAAAAUGUCUGUAACCUUCAACAGAAUAGUUAUUCUAAUUCAAGGAUCAUUGUUUUCUAUUUCAGUAAACAAUACUCUUUUUGUAAUUUUGUACUUCUCCCAAAAGCUUUAAAAUAUCUAUCUGUCAUAACAUGACUGUCAUUCGUACGGUUGAAAUUGAUUUGUGUGGAUGUCUAUGAUCAGGUGAUACACAGUAUAAAUGCUUGUCAAAUAUGUGCAUCAUACUAUUACUGUAAAAUUCUUCAAGUUUAUUAAUACCCAGAUAAAAUGUAUGCAGUUCUUAAACAGCUAAUCUUUGUGGUCAUUUUAAGAUGGAUCACUGUAUUACCAAAAUAUUAAAUAAAAAUUAUUCUUACAAUAAA